AUGCAAAUUCGAGGCACACGUUGUCGUCAUGCCGACUGGCUUGAGAUUUCGCGCAGCUUCCGGCCCGAGCCUCAGUCCGCCCGGCCUUGGCGGACAGGGCCGGUCGGCGACUGCUUCUUCCGCCGACGCACGGACGUGAGGCCAGCCGACACUUUGCCCCUUCAACGUUCCCCAUCGCCGGUCGAGUCCCGGUGGGGUCGAGGGGAGCUGAGGUGGCUUCUGGAAUGCCGGCUCUGCAUGGACCCGUCCGGCGUUCAUGGGGUUGUUGCGUCUCGAAGGGACUGCUCGAAGCAAGUUCCUCUUCGAGCAGAGUUCGAGCCCCGGAGGCCGGUUUCCACGACGGCCAAUUGCAUAAAUCGUAGGGCAGCUGUGCUAUGGCGGGGCAGAUUUGCAGACGAGCCCGCUUGUCUAUCUGUAUGGUGUCUGUAUGGCGUCUCUUUGUCUGGUGGUGCGUUGUGCAGGGCUCUGAUCAGGUGUUUCGGCGCGUUGAGUCUGAGUCCCGAGUACCGGUCGGCCGGCGUCAGCGCCCAGCACUGGCGGGCACUGAGCCGGCGGCGCGUCGAGCUGCUCACCUUCCUCAAGUACCGACUGGCCGCCUGGCGCCGGCAGACGCACGCCUACGAGGUCCAUCUGACCCGGCAUGAGCAACACUUUGCCGGCUUGACUUGCAAUGGGACUCCGGGCAUCGAACAAUCGGACGGCACCAAGGUCAUAUGGACGGAAGUGUACGAGCCGGCCGGAGAGAGCCAUGGAAACAACUCUGUCUGCUCCAACUUCGAAUUCAACAUCCACAGAAAGUAUCCGGAGAAGAUCCGCUGGGUGUGGAACGAAGCCAUCCGCUACUGCUCUGGUCACCACGUCUAUCGCAUUUUGGUGGAGUUGACUAUGCAAAUUGUAGGUGCUGACUGCGACGGUGGCGGGAAAAAAGAACUGCAGUCAACUGACUUCUUCGAAAUAGACGCCCCGAAGGCUCACGUCGACAGGAUCAGGCGGACAACAAAUGGCGAGCUUUGGCAGUGGGCGUCGUUAAUCCUUGAACAUGUUCUGUUCCAGCCAUGUGGACGCGCUGAUGGGAACAUCCAGGGGCAAGAAUGA